GACAAGUCUCAGUGCUUAUCCAGACACCAAUCUUGUUGUUUCCUGCGGAGCAAUCAGAACAGAGGACGCUUUCCCUGGCCAUCUGCAUCCAGCCUGCAGACCAUUUAAAAACCAGGUCAGAGACAGGCAAAUUCAGUUUAUACCAUUGUGGGACAUUGUGUAUGUAUGCCCCUAUAUGCCUGAAACCCACCUGAUAAGAGACACACCGCGUGCCAACCAUUAUCCAGUCUGUACAUUGGUUUUGUCUUGGCGAUGACCACAAACUACUAGACUACCCGAAGAUGUUGCCCGGGACUAGGUCAUCUGCAGGGCUGGCUGGAUGGGACCGCUGCAGGUUUGGAGAGAGGCUGCAGGCAGCCUUGGCUGGGAUCCAGGAGCUCCAUCUGCUGCGGGAGAAGCAGCAGAGACUGGUGACCGCAGCGUUGGCAAUCAAUUCAGAACCACAACCACUGACGGCGCAGCCCAGCGCUAAACUGCAAAUGGGCUCAUUUCACUGUGAGGAGCAAAGACUGGAAGCUACACUAAGCAUACUGAAGGAGCAAUUGUCUCGUUUGAGAAGGCAAGAUGUUGGUUUGAAAAGCCACUUGGAUCAGCUCGAUCAGCAAAUCAGUGAACUGAAACUGGAUGCAAGCAAAGCAUCAAACGAACAUUUGGAUUGUGACAGUCGACCUAGCUCAGGUUUCUAUGAGCUAAGUGAUGGCGGCUCUUGCUCAUUGUCGAAUUCUUGCACCUCGGUGUAUAGCGAAUGCAUGUCUUCAUCUCGCAGCAGCCUGAAGCCUUGUUCCCAGGAGCUCAGGAACCGUUUAAGUGUGUUUGACUACAGGCCAAGAUCAGCAGAUGAGACCAUUGUGCAUGUCUCCUCUCCCACUAGUAAUUUCCAACAGUUUGGAGAUUACUCCAAGGAAGUCAACCAGAUGAAAAUAAACGUUGAUAUUGCAGUCAAUGCACCGAGGCAAAGAACAAGACCCGUCUCAACAGGGGACCUUGACAGAUUGAUUCCCUUAGAGCGUAGGCUACAAUCCGCUGCUGAAUCUCCAAACGUUCCAGCACAUUGCCGUGCUAAUGACAUACAGUUCCAUCCAGUGGAUCCAAGAUACCAGAAUGAUUUAGUUUGUAAAAGAGGAAAUGAUGUGUACCCAUACCCAAGCCCCCUCCAUGCUGUAGCCCUUCAAAGUCCUCUUUUUGCGUUAUCUGAAGAGCCCCAAGAUACAGACCGUUGUGCUCUGGAAGAUAACAAUACUCUGAACCCUGUGAUGUGUGGGAUAAUGGAAAGAAAUGACUUGCAUACAGAUCUCAAACCUGGAGGUUAUAUAAACAAAUUGCUGCAAUUAAGCAAAUGCAAAACUAAUACCCAACCUGAAUGCAAAGAAAAGACUCAGCCAGCCGUAAAACAGCAGAGACUUGUUUUAAGAUCUAGCCCCGGUGGAGUAAAAAUUAAUAGCAGCAGUUGCCCUACCGACAAACAGGUCUACACAUUAGAUGUUGCCAAGGAAGAAGUCAAUCCAGGAAAAGAGACAUAUUCUAGUGAAGUUGCAAAGCAACAUGUUAUGUAUGAUGUACAUGAAAAGCAACCAGACUUCCUUCCAACACAAGAGCAUAAAACUUUUAAUAAGUUUCACUGUCGUCUAAGUACAAUAGAGGAUACCUCAGCAGAGUCUGUAGAACUUGGAUCAUAUUCUAACUUAGCAUCUGAAGAAUUCAUCAAAAAUGCCUCACACUUACAAAGUAGACUUAUACCCUCCCAAAAAAGCAAAAGGUACAGCAGCCCUAGGAAUAAAUGUCAUAGUGGUAAAGUUGUUCAGUCUGAAUUUGUCCAAGCCAAUUUUGUACCAGCUGAAACCCAUCAAAUUAAGCUAAGACUGUCUACCUCCAAAAACAAAUUAGUAAAGAAAAGAAACAGUGAAAAAAAAAUAAGACCAGGGCAAUCUGGGCUUGCCAUGGACAAACAAAGAUUAAAAGAAACUUCCAGACCCCCAAACGAAUGGAGGCAGCAUAAUAGACCUAAUACAAGUGGUGGAAAACUCAUUAGAAGACCUACUUUCAUUGGGGAGGCUGCUGGCAGGUCUUGUUCAGAAACAAGUUUGUAUCCUGUUCAGUUUAAAAUCCCACAGAUUACGCCCAAGUCUCAAGUUUAUAGACGUUCAUCUAAUGCUUUGCAUUCCCUUGACAGUGUUAAUGCUGAAAGGGCCAUAAAUAAAAAGCAGCGUAAAUGGCAGUCGUCAGUAGAGAUUUCAAUAAAGAGUCAGCUGUCUGGAUAUCAUGGUUGCACUAGACCAGACAUAGUACAACAUAGACAGCCAAUAAAAAAGGCAGGUGUUAUGCGGACUGUAAGUUUAAGGAAUACUUCUAAGUAUCACCAACCGAUGGAAAUCUAUGCGAAAAGUGAGUCUGAAUAUUCAGCAGAGUGUGCCUCUCUCUUCCACUCCACCAUAAUUGAGACAAGUGAAGAGGAGGUCAGUGACUAUACUACUAAUCGAUUUGGGGACAGUGAAUCCAGUGAAAGUGACUCAGAAGCUUUUACAAGCACUAGCAGUAUUACUCUGGAGGAUACUGAUGAGAGUGAUUUUGUGUGGACUGAGACUACAGCUAGGCAUCCCGUAGUUACAGAGUCUAGAAACAGACAUCUUCAACCGGAGCCAAAAGUCUGUCGUAUAAAAGCAUCAAAAGCACUAAAAAAAAAAAUUAGGAGAUUCCAGCCAGCAUCCUUAAAGGUUAUAACCAUGGUUUAAAGACAGGCAAGAAGUCAUUCUCCUGGACAGCAUGCAGUCUUUCUUUUUUUUAUAGAACAAUGAAAAUUCUGUUUCGUGGAAAGACUUUCCUUAACUGAACUGUCAAUGACCCUUCCUCUUUUUUUAAAGGGCUCUGUGUUCACACUGUACUUAAUUUUGUUUGUUUUUUAUUUGUUUUUCUAUACAUAUAUAUUUUAACUGACAUCGAAAUAUUGGGUUAUGUAAUUAUAUAUUUUCAUCAGUUGUACAUAUUUUGUUCUGCUGGUUGCUUGUGUGCAAUGGCUUAAAUAGAUUUUAAUGAAAGUUAUUUAAUAUUGCGCUUUAUAUGUGUAUAUAAUCUUGACUUGUUAUUUAAUAUACCUAAAGAAAAUGAACCAUGAUGUAUGUUUUUUUCUGUUAUCCGUUAUACAUGUGUAUAUUUUUUGUCUAUUUAGCUAAAAGGGACAUCCUAGGGUGAAUUGUGGAUUAUAUAGACACUGCAUGCCACAUGCUCUGUUUAACCAUUGAUUAAAGUUGUCUCACCCCCCACACUUUGCCCUUUAUAAGUUGGCAUGUGUUUAAGUACCUUAUAUAACCAUUCCAUAAAUCUUUAUUGCAAACCCCUCUUCCUCUGGUAAAAUUAAAUAUUUUCAUAUUUACUAAAUCAACUGUUGUAAACCAA